ACUAGUCGGGAAGGUGAACAGUCCAUAUUAGAAACUAUGAGGAAACCAAGUGCUAAAGGAAAAGGCGGGGAGAAAAUGAAGAAUCACGUCUGUCCGCACUGUAAGUAUUGUACGGGAAAUGCGGCACAUUUGAGAGAUCACAUCAGGACUCAUACCGGUGAGAGACCAUUCCAAUGCCAGCAUUGUGACUAUUCUGCAUCACAAAAGAGUCGCCUGAAAAUGCACGUUACGUCUAUACACACCUGUGAGAGACCAUCGUAUGGACGUGGACGAAGUGAGAAGUCGACAGCAUGCAAACGUGAACGUGUCCAGACCAAACACACUGUCGGAGUGAGACCGUAUGCAUAUCGUUGCGAUCUUUGUAACUAUUCUACGACAUACAAGGCGCAUCUGAAACGCCACAUCGCGGCGAAACACAGUAACUACAGGCCUCACAAAUGUCCAACUUGCGAUUUUGCUGCGGUGGACAAAACGUGCUUGAAAAAUCACUUAGCUAAACACACCGGUGAGAAACCUUACAAAUGUGACAUUUGUGGGUAUGGUACAGCACAUAUGUCAAAUCUAAAACGUCACAUCAUGAGCCAACACUCUAGCGAGAAGUCCUACAAGUGUGGAGUUUGCAGUUACGUUACUUCACGAUUGUUUGAUUUGAAGAAGCACACCGAAAAACACACUUGUGAGAAACCGUACAACUGUGAAGUGUGCGGUUACGCGACUUUGCGAAUGUGUGAUUUAAAGAAACACAUAGCCAAACACACUGUUGAGAAACCUUACAAAUGUGACAUUUGUGGGUUCGGUUCAGCACAGAAGUCAAAUUUGAAACAGCACAUCAUGACCAAACACUCAAGUGACAAACCUUACACUUGUGACGUCUGUGGGUUCGGUGCAACACAAGUUUCAAAAUUGAAAAGGCACAUGGCUAAACACUCUGACGAGAAACCUUACAAAUGUGACAUUUGUGGGUACGGUACGGCACACGCGUCAAAUUUGAAACGGCACAUUAUGGCCAAACACACCGAUGAGAAACCUUACACGUGUGAUAUUUGUGGGUACGGUACAGUACUAAAGUCAAAUUUGAAACAGCACGCCAUGGCCAGACACACAGGUGAGAAACCUUACAAGUGUGACAUUUGCGGGUACGGUGCAGCACAUGUGUCAACUUUGAAACGUCACAUGGCUAAACACACUGGCGAGAAACCUUACAAAUGUGAGAUGUGCGGCUACGCCACUUCACGAAUGUUUGAUCUAAAGAAACACAUCGCUAAACAUUCUGACGAGAAACCAUACAAAUGUGACAUCUGUGGGUACUGUACAGCACUUAUGUCAAAUCUGAAACGACACAUUACGGACAAACACUCAGCUGAGAAGUCCUACAGGUGUGACACUUGUGGCUAUGCCACUUCUCGAAUGUCUGAUUUAAAGAAACACAUCGCCAAACACACUGGCGAGCAACCUUACAAAUGUGACACUUGCGACUAUUUUACCGCACAAGUGACAAAUUUGAAACGUCAUAUGGCGAAACACACUGUUGAGAAACCUUAUAAAAGUGACAUUUGUGGGUACGGUACAGUGGAAUUGUCACAUUUCAAAAAUCACAGUAGGACCAGACACACUGGUAAGAAACCUUACAAAUGUGACAUAUUAUAA